AUGGUAGCACACCCCGUGGACAUCUUCUCGGUAGCCGUAACAGACAAGCAAGUCCUAUCGGCAUCAGGAGCUCCAUCCAUCAAAGUCCACUCGACCCUCGACACGGAAUUCCCACUGGUGCAGUCUCUCGACGGCGCGCACACACUGGGCUGCCACCACGUCGUCACCGGCGCCAAGGGCACGCGCGCUAUCAGUGCGGGUUUUGCUGGCGAGGUCAAGGCUUGGGUCUGUCAGGAUGGGCAUUGGUCGGCUGACCAGGUAGUUUCAGCGAAUCUCACAAAUGUGGAUGCGUGGGCAAUUGCCUUAUCUGAAGAUGGCCAGUAUCUGGCUGGUGUUUCUCAAGAUGGUCAUGUCCGGGUUUGGGAUCUCAAUGAUAAUGGGACUCAAAUACGAGAUCAUGAGACCAAGGGUAGCUUUGGUACAUGUAUUGACCUGUCCCCUGAUGGAAAAUUCAUAGCUAGCGGGCAUGAAAAUGGCGCUGUUUAUAUCUUCAAGACUGAGGAUGGCCGGAUGCCCUUCUCUUUGUCUGGCCUGGUCAAACCCGUCCGAAGCGUCGCCUUCUCACCAGGAGGAAAGAUCCUCGCAGCAGCCGGAGACUCCAAAGUGAUCGUGCUCUACGACACAUCUUCUGGUCUGCAGAUUGCCAAUCUUUCCGGCCAUAGCGCCUGGAUCUUGUCUCUGUCAUGGAGCGACUCUGGCGAGUACCUUCUGAGCAGUUCAUUUGACGGUAAGGUGAAGGUCUGGUCAAUCGACACCAAGAGCUGCGUCGCUACCCACUCCGAGACCGAGAAGGCUGUCUGGAGCGCUAAGUGGCUGCCCAAGGCGAAUAGGUCAGAGGGAUUCGCGACUGGAGGUGCGAACCGGAGCAUUGCUUUCUACCGGGAGGCUACUGGCGGUUGA